AGCCAUAUGCUGCUUCCACCUUAGACGAACACUUGGAGGCAAAUUUCCGCAUAUUCGUGAUAUACGUUGAAGCAGACAAUCGUCUCGAUCUUCUUUGCUGGCGUGUUUGCAUCCGUCGCGGUAAUGUCUCGAUUUCUGCUGCGGUCAAAGCUAAGAGACUGUCUGGUCUCGCAAGUCAGAAAGCGGUCUGAUCAGCUUGGUGAGUUGGGGUCAGGGGCCGGUAAGGGCGGCGGAGGAGGAGGCGCAGUGAGGCAAGCUGGAGGUGCAUUUGGCAAAAGGGAAGCAGCUGAAGAGGAGCGAUACUUCAGGCAAAAGGAGAGGGAGCAGAUGGAGGCUCUGAGGAAGCACCAUGCUGAGGAGAUUGAUCACCACAAGAAGGAGAUUGAGCGCCUACAAAAAGAGAUCGAUCGUCACAAGGGAAAAAUCAGGAAGCUCAAACAUGAUGACUAAACGUCAUUUCAUUCCUGCCAAAAGAAAAACAAAUAUCAUAUACCCUUAUAAGCCCAUGUGCUCUUCUGUAUGAGAUGUCAUGAGUACGCAGUGACGAAUAAAGUAACUUUUUUUUCAACAAUA